ACAUUAAUUCAAAUUUGGGCUACAUAAAUCUAUUCUCCCUAUGGAAAAAAAAUUCAUACUCAAAGCUGCGCACCCGAGAUUUUUAAAUACGGAAAUAGGGUCAAAUUGUAUCCCUAUUAUAUUGCCAAAAGGACCAUUUUUGUCAUUUUUCUCCUAGCACUUCCGCUGGCAUUCUUGAAACCUCAAAGCCGGAGAAAUGGCUGUACUGUUCAACAUCACCACUCUUCCUACUACUCGUCUCUCCCUUCAUCCAUCCUCUACUUCUUCGGUUUUUGCUCACCCAUUCUCCAGGUUUUGCAACGUUCCCAUUGCAUACUAUAUUAGAGCACCCUUUAUCCUCAAAGAGAAAAGUGCCUUGAUUGCUAAGGCAGCUUCUGCUAUUGACAGUGGGGAUUCUGAUAAUCCGGAGAGUGAUGAGGAAAGUGCGUUUGUUGAUGACCUGCCAUUGGAGUGUAAGCUUCAGCUGCAGUUUGAACAGAAGAUGAAAAUGAAGUUGGCAAAGAACAUCAGAUUACGAAGGAAGAAACUUGUUAGGAAGCGCUGCCUUAGGAAGAAGGGACGAUGGCCACCUUCAAAGUUGAAGAAGAACAAGAAUGUGUAGUCUUUACCACAAGAUGUUUUGCGGGUUUUCUGCUCUCCCAGUUUCCUUCUAUUAUCACAACUUCACAAUUCAAUGUCUUCAACUUGUAAAUAAGCAGAUAAGGAUUAAUUAGCUUCUGUUUUUUUAUGGUAUCGAUUGGUACUGUUAGAGUUUGUACUUGUCUAGUUGAUAAUAAAGACGGCUCUUUUUAUUCCUUUUAAUGUUGAUUCUGAAAUAUUUUCAUGGAAAGAACACUUUGAGACAGCUAGACUGUCAAUCA